GUGCAUCACUAUCAAAUGUGUCAAGUCAGAAUGUUUACACUUCUAUAGUUGAACCAGCUGCCAGUGACAGUGAUGUUGGUCAUUGUAGCUUUCAAAGUGAUCCGUUUGAACCUGUUGUAUCUACUGAGACAGCAGCCAGUGCCAUGGCCAGUGACUUGUAUAGUAUUGUACUUCCAAAUCAAUUGCAAACUGCAGUAAAUACAUGUACUGAAACAGCAGCCAAUAUCAAUAGCAUGUAUACUACUAGCUUUUCAAGUCAACAGCAAACUGCAGUAUAUACAAAUACUGGAGCAGUAUCAAGUGCCAGCAACACGUACACAAGUUUUCCAAGUCAGUCACAGUCUGCAGUUACUGCAUCAGCAACCAGUGCCAGCAACUUCUAUACAAGUUUUCCAAGUCAGCAGCUAACUGCAGUUACUGCAACAGCAACCAGUACCAGCAACAUUUAUACAAGUUGUCCAAGUCAGCCACAAUCUGCAGUUACUGCGGCAGCAACCAGUGCCAGCAACAUUUAUACAAGUUUUCCAUGUCAGUCACAAUCUGCAGUUAUUGAGACAGCAGCUAGUGCCAGCAACAUGUAUACUACUACCUGCUUACCAAGUCAGUCACAAUCUGCAGUUAUUGAGACAGCAGCUAGUGCCAGCAACAUGUAUACUACUACCUGCUUACCAUGUCAGUCACAAUCUGCAGUUAUUGAGACAGCAGCUAGUGCCAGCAACAUGUAUACUACUACCUGCUUACCAAGUCAGUCACAAUCUGCAGUUAUUGAGACAGCAGCUAGUGCCAGCAACAUGUAUACUACUACCUGCUUACCAUGUCAGUCACAAUCUGCAGUUAUUGAGACAGCAACCAGUGCCAGCAACAUGUAUACUACUACCUGCUUACCAUGUCAGUCACAAUCUGCAGUUAUUGAGACAGCAACCAGUGCCAGCAACAUGUAUACUACUACCUGCUUAAUACAUUGCCUGCUGAAAGCCACCAUAGAUAGCUGUAGUAGCAGUAUUUUUCAUUAA